GUGGGAAAUUUGUAAUCGAAUUUUGGAUAUUUUCUCUGAAAUAACUUCAAAAUGUCUGAUCAGAUCAAAGUUUAUCCAGAAAUUCUUUGUCUACAUGGAAAGCCAUGUUACCUGAAGACAUCCACAAAAGAAGGACCAAGAAAAGGGACAAGCUAUUAUAUGUGUGGACAGCCCAAAGACCGGUGUAACUUCAAUAAAGUUGCCCAUGGUGUCUCCAAGACCUAUUGUGAUGUCCACCCAGGAUCGAUGCUUGAGCUUCAGUCCAUUGGCAAAAUACAAGUAACAACAUCUAAAGAUCCAGAAUAUAGGCAUUAUUAUCGUUGUAUUGGACACCAUUCCUGGUGUGGACACAAAAAUGUUGGAAACUUAUUGGUAAAGGAGAAUGCCAAUGUGAUUCCACCUCUGAAGAAGAUGACAGAGACUUCAGAUGUUGUUAAGAAAAAGCCCUUCAUGGACAGUAAUCGCAUUCAGAAAAAGGAUGUUACAAGAGUUGAAGGCAGUUGGCGUGCACCGGCACGAAAACCACAGGAUUCAGACAGUGAUGACGACUGUGUUAUUGUGGAGACAACAAAACCAACAAAGGAACGGUUUCCCAGUCAGUCUUCUCAGUCUAGGCAAGAUGGGGUAAAACUAGCAGAUAGUAUACACAAAGAAAUCUUGGAUCUGGCGAAGGAUGCUGAUUUCGAACAACUUGCAAAGCCUGGGUCUGGAAAAGCGAAUGCACUGAAUCCAAAUGCCAAGCCCUUUGAACCAAGGAAGGUGGUUGUCCAGCAGGCAAGUUCAGCAGACGAAAGUAGACUCUGCCCCCUGACUGGAGUGUUUAUCAGGUCAGAUGGAAGUAAAGUGGCACCGGCAGCUGAGAUGGAAAAAGAUAGCACUGCCAGUGCUAAACUGUCUUCCAUGAUGGCUAAAAGUGCAAUAUCUGACUCUGGUCAGACGCUGGCUUCAAAGGAGUCUAAUAGAGAUGCAAUUGUUAGGCAACUCAGAGAAAAAAAGACUUUGAUAUCUCACAUCAACAUAAACAGCCUCCCAGACAAAGGAGAGAAACUGAAGUCUCAGAUAAAUGAUUUACAGCGAGCAAUGACAGCCCUGGAGCUCGACAUAAAAAUGUCAAAACCACAUUCGGGUCAAACUGUGCAGUCGUAUGAGAGACCGAAAUACAACCAGCCAUACAAGCCACCUCAGCAGAUCAACAUGUCUCAGUUAUCCGGGAGCGCAAUUCCCCCCAACUCACAGAAACAGCUGACACAGUCUGUACUUGCACCAGCCCAGUUGCCUGGUCAGCCGAACAUCAAGAUCAUGACUGUAGACAAAUUCGGCAAUCGUCAGACGAAGAUGUUGGAUCACACUGUCCCGCUGCCAGCGCAUGUUUUGAAUCAGAUGUACGCGGCCAAUCCGCAAGCUAUGACGUUGUAUGGUGGUAGGAUGAAUGCUGCAAGACUGAAACAAGUUGGCAGUAUCACUGAGGAGGCUAUUAUAAGGCUGCACAAGCAACUUGAAACAUGUCCACCUGAGGCAACAGAAUUGGAUGAUCCUGAUGACCUGACUGUCACCCUGAUGGCUCAUCAACGUCAGGCGCUGGCUUGGCUCACAUGGCGAGAGAAGCAGGAGCCUCCAGGAGGUAUACUAGCUGACGACAUGGGUCUGGGCAAGACCCUCACCAUGAUCUCGUUGAUUCUUAAGCAGAAGGAGGCAAGGGAAGAAGCAAAGGAUGAGGAGGGUUGGCUCAGUAAGCAAGAUCAGAUUAAAAAAGUGAAUAAGGAUAUCAUCCCAUCAACUGCCUCCCUGGUGAUCUGCCCAGCCAGUUUAGUGCACCAGUGGCAGCGAGAGAUAGAAUCCAAGUGCGCCAAAGACUUACUGAAAGUUUGUCUUUAUCAUGGUCAAAACAGGGAGAAAGAUGUCAUGAAACUAGCCAAGUGUGACGUUGUGCUGACGACCUACAGUCUUGUUGGCAGGGAGGUGGGGGCUCUGAAGGAUAAGGCUGCAACAGAAGAAGCGGUCAAAGAAGAACAGGUUGAUGAUAUGACCAACAUGCCGAAUCUACUACGCAUCGGCUGGGAGAGAAUCAUCUUGGAUGAGGCCCACAACAUCAAGAACAAUAAGAGUUUGAGUGCCCAGGCCGCAUGCCGCCUCAGAGCCUCAUAUCGGUGGACAUUGACUGGUACACCUAUUCAAAACAACUUGCAAGAUAUGUAUUCAUUGCUUAGAUUUCUGCGAUGUUCUCCGUUCGAUGAAUACAAAGUAUGGAAGCGACAGGUUGACAACAAGUCGUCCCAGGGCACCAAACGUCUCAACUCCCUCAUCAAGAGUCUCCUGCUCAGGAGGACGAAGGCUCAGACCAAUGCAGCAGGGAAACCACUGAUAGCCUUACCCGAUAGGAGCAGUACAACACAUGAGUUAGAACUCACCAAAGGGGAGAAGGCCGUCUAUGAUAAGAUAUUUGCCAAGUCCAGGUCCACACUCCAGAACUACAUCCAGAACAGGGAAGACAAAGAGCUGUUGAAGGAACAGGGUGCUAUGGCAUCUGCAGCACCUAAUACAUUUGAGAAGAGCGUCUCCCAAUCAGGUGAACACUAUGCUACUUGUGGUAGUGGUGGGGCACUUGGUGCUGAGAAGAAGAAGCCUACUGGUGCUGGGGAGAUCCUGCUGAUGUUAUUGCGACUGAGGCAGUGUUGUAGUCACAUUGGACUUAUGAAAGAUAGUGUUGAUGCUGAAGAACUCCAGAGUGAAGGCAUCGAGCUCCCCUUGGAGGAUCAACUUGAUCUUAUGAGUUUAAAUGAGGCCAAAGAUCCCGCUGCUGCCACCAAGGAUGUUUUCGACCCGUUGGUAGCCAGUACAAAAGUAAAGAACUUAAUGGAGACUUUAUUGACCAUCAGAAAGGAAUCACCUCCAGGAAAACCUCAGAAAAGCGUGAUAGUGUCUCAAUGGACCAAGAUGCUAGAGAUCAUCUCUUCCCACCUGAAGCUGCAAGGGUUCAAAUACCACCUCAUCCAGGGUAACAUCCCCCCCAAGAAGAGGAUGGAGGCCAUUGAAGACUUCAACACUGAUCCGAAAGGACCUGAGGUUAUGUUACUCUCCUUGCGAGCUGGUGGUGUUGGUCUCAACCUUGUUGGUGGCAAUAACCUCUUCAUGAUGGACCUCCAUUGGAACCCGGCACUUGAGUUACAGGCUUGUGACAGAAUCUACAGGGUAGGCCAGAAAAAGGAUGUCUUCAUCCACCGGUUUAUCUGCAAGGACACGGUUGAGGAGAAGAUUGUACUGCUGCAGAAGAAGAAGAUGGAUCUGGCCAAGGAUGUCCUUUCAGGAACUGUAUCCAAGCAGAACCACAAACUGUCACUGUCCGACUUGAAGUUAUUGUUUGGGCUGGAGAAACCAAUGCCACAGGCUGUGCCUUACCCUGGCCAGCAUGGUCGUCCAUACUGAGAACCUUGAGGACUGAAUAUCUCUUGCUGCCCUGUAAAUAUCAGGUCUGUGAAUGUCUUCUCAUCUAUCUGGGCGAUUUUGUGAUGAAGGAGGCAGUUUAUUUGUGUGAGAAACUCAUUGAGCAUUGUGCCCGACUGGCAAAGAUUGUAUGAAUGUAGCACUGAUGUAAAUUAUUUUCUUGUAGAUUUGUGCAAUAGAAGAUUGGAGUCCUUCGGUUCUCAUAACAUGUGCCAGUGACGUGAAAGUUUCAAUUUUUACUUUGGUCUUGUUGACUGAAGUAAGCCUCUUUCCUUCUCAACAGAGGCUGGCUUAAUCAUUUUAUGGGCUGUCAAUAUUGUAGUAGUUUAAAUUUAAUGAAAUCAUAGCUCAACAAUGUACGAUUUAUGAAUUUGUAUUUUUAUAUCCUUGUGUGAUUGUAUGCAAUAUUUGAAUAAACUGUCCAUUGUCACAUACAGUA